AAAGAUAUAAAGCAAAGAAGAAAACAAAGUCCAUGUUCAUAUUCAUUGCUUUAACCUUCUCUCUCAGACACAGACACAGCUAAGCUUCCCAUCUGAAAGGAGUUUCAUGUCCUUAAGGACCAUAACCUCUCUCUCUCUCUCUAGCAACAAAAACAAAGAAGAUAGAUAGAGAAACUAUGGCUCACUUAAAGAUAUAACAGAGACAGUAGUCCCACUUUCCCCACCACAACCCAUCUUCGAUCAUCAUCAAUGGAUCCGGAUCAUAACCAGAAUCAUCACAGACCAAACUUCCCUCUCCAGCUUCUUGACUCUUCUUCCUCCUCUUCCACUUCCUUAGCCAUCAUCCCAUCAGCUUCUUCUUCCGAACCUAACUCCGACCCUAACGCUCUCUCCAAGAAACCACCUCCUAAGCGAACCUCAACAAAGGACAGACACACCAAAGUAGAAGGCCGAGGCCGUAGGAUCCGUAUGCCGGCCAUGUGCGCCGCACGUGUCUUUCAGCUCACACGUGAGCUAGGUCAUAAAUCCGACGGCGAGACCAUCGAGUGGCUUCUACAGCAAGCUGAACCGGCGGUUAUAGCCGCUACAGGGACUGGAACCAUACCGGCUAACUUCACUUCUCUUAAUAUCUCACUUCGUAGCUCAAGAUCUUCUCUCUCUGCUGCUCACCUUCGUACAACUCCGAGCAGCUAUUACUUCCAUUCGCCUACGAUGGCUCAUCAUCAUCAAGUGCGUCCGAAGAACGAGUCACAUUCUUCUUCUUCUUCGCAGCUCUUAGAUCACAGCCAAAUGGGUAACUAUUUAGUACAAUCAACGGCUGGAUCUUUACCUACGAGUCAGACUCCUGCUACGGCGCCGUUUUGGAGCAGUGGUGAUAAUACGCAGAAUCUAUGGGCUUUUAAUAUCAAUCCUCAUCAUUCCGCUGACGUUUACAACACGAACGGUGGUGGGGGUGGGGGUGGAGGAGGAGCAGGAGUGCAUCUCAUGAAUUUUGCAGCUCCCAUUGCUUUGUUUUCUGGACAGCCUUUGGCGUCUGGUUACGGAGGAGGAGGUGGAGGUGGAGGAGGAGAACAUAACCAUUAUGGAGUUUUAGCGGCGUUGAACGCUGCUUACCGGCCGGUUCAGGAGACGGCGAAUCAGCAAAACCGCGACGGAGAUCAUCAUCACAGCCAUCAAGAAGAUGGAAGCACAAGUCAUCAUUCCUAGACAAUAAAACACACACAAACAAUAUAUCUGUGAGAUUUAUUCUUAUUUUGUUUUUUCUUUUGUUUGAUUGGUUUAAAUUCUGAAGGGGUUUCACUUUCAGUCAUCUUUUGAUUAAUGUAAUAGUACGUACGAACGUGAUUGUGUAUUUUAGUAUGUGGUUUUUGCACCCAGGCUUUGGUUUUGCUUUUUUUUUUUUAGAGUUUGUGGCCUAGUAUUUUUCUUGUGAAACUUUUUCUCUACACUCUUGAGUGUGAAGAGUUUUCUAAUGAGACAUAAUACUUGAUUAGGGUUUUUGAGCAA